GCACCUGCGGGCGAUGGCUGACCAAGGAACAUCAACUCCCAGUAUAAUAGGCAUAGUCACUAUAUUCUGUUGCAUUUAUGGCGGACAAUUCGUCAAUGCAGCUGGACCGUCCACCACCCGUUAUGUCAUCACAAACGGCAAUGUCAUCAUCAAUCCUGGGAUCCGUGGUGGAGUUCUACAGGAGAUCCUCUGGAAACAUGGUGUAAAUAAGGCGGUGGAAUGGGACACUGCCGGGAUAUGGGAAUUUCGUGAUUUUAAAGGGAGGACAUCAUUGAACAGUACAACAGGAGAAAUCACUAUCAGACAGCUGACCAAGCAGCUCAGUGGGGUGUAUGAGGCAGAGUGUAUGAUUGGUGGGGAAAUACUGACCUUUCAGCAGAGAGUGGAAGUCAUUGACCCAGUAUCACAACCUGAAGUCACCUGUGAAUUGAACGGUACCGUGGCAACACUUUUCUGCAGUGCUGAGGGUCCACUGGUGGAGUACCGCUGGUCUUGGCCUGACCACCAGGGGGAGAUGUGGAGCCAGGAGCAGAGUGGACAGCACUACAACACCACAUCCCCAGAGUCAGACAGCUACAGCUGUGAGGCCAGGAACCCAGUCAGUGAGAAGACACAGACCUACAACAGCAACGACUGCCUGGCCAAGAGAGAUAGCCGAGAUAUAGAAGGUAAUCCUGAGAUGUACAUAUACACUGGUAUUGGUGUAGGUGUCUUGCUGUUGGUUGCUGUUGUGGUUGCUGUUGUGGUCUGGCUCAUCAAGAAGCGUUCCAAAGGCCAAGCUAAUUCUGUGGCUCAAUCAAGAUCUGUCGGCUCCCUUGGUGACACCACAGCUGAUACUUUCCAAUCCGGUCAUGACAUCCCUGUUCCUCUAGAUUUGUGGAGAACAGGGAAUGCCAGCCAUCUUGAAGAGGAUCGAGAGAAGGCGGUGGCAAUCAGCCCGGCAGAGAUUAGGAAAGAGGAUAAAAAGCUAUUACUAGAUGAAGAACUUACUUGGAACACAAGUGUAAAGGACAGGGUCAAUCAGAUCAACCAGACCAGCAAGGCUGUGAAAACUGGAGAGGGAGAGGGAGAGGGAGAGAAGAAACCAUUACUAGACAAGGCAGGAUCCACUGAUUCAGAUGUUAUUGUGAGUAAUAUCCCAUUCAAACUGAACAACCAGAAUCAGGUGUGGGGUGGGGAGUCCAGAAAGAGACAGAGGGAAGAAAAAGAGCAGAACGCAGAAUCCAAACAGAACAUGAACGUUACCUUGGGGAGUAUUACCGAGGAUACCAGCCAAACUGCUCCCCCGAAGCCACCUCGGAGCAGCCUUAACUAUAAUUCACCGUACCCACAGAUUCUGGAGACACAGCAUAGCAGAGAGCAUCAUGGGAGAGGACCUGACCAAAGUAUUAGUGGUUAUGGCACAGAGGGAGAUGGAGAGGGAGAUGGACAGCUUAUGUCCCACAAAACCUUAGACACAGGGGAGGAGAGCGGAGGAAAGGAGGUGGGGACAAGAGAGGAGGGAGAGCACGUUGAGAAAGAGAAGGUAGUAGAAGAUGAUUUAGUGAGAGUGGAGGGAGAGGGACAAGAAGAAACAGGAAGGAGAGGUGAUGGAGGAGAAAAAAAGGGACAGGAGAGAGAGAUGGAAAAUAAUGAAGAAGAGCAGGUGAAAGGAGAGGAAGAAGACAGAGGGAAGAAAGGAGAGAAGGGAGAGGAAGGAAAGAGCCCAACUUCUCCCGAACAACCACUCCCCCGCAAAGCCCCCCGACCACCUCUCGCCCCAAAACCAUCAUCUAUAAGACAUGGCAACCAGAUGGGUGUAGAACAAGGAAGCAUAGUGAAGACAAUGAAAACCCAGAGGAGCAGUAGUCAGGUAGACAGAGAGGGGGGAACACCUGGCCUAUCAGGUCUGAGGAGACCAACUAGCUCAAUGUCAAACAGUACAUACACUCCUGAUAGAAGCAGUCCAGAAUUGUCAGCUGGUCUCAGAGCCACAGCAUUUAGUCCAAAGAUAGACAGUGGUACUGUAUCCAAACCAGGAAAGUCCAGUUCAGGUGCACCCUCUGGACCAGUAGACACCAGUUCAGAUACAACUUGUACAGCAAUAGAGAGUAGCUCAGAUACUCCAACAGAGACCAGUAAAGCUACAGCCUCUGUACCAGGAGAAACCAGUUGAAAAGCACUUGUUGAAAUAGUUUGUUAAACAAAAAUGUUAGGCUCUGUACGGGGAUGCUUUGUUUCUCUUAUAUUUAGACAAAAUUAGUUCAAGUGUAUUUAAAACCAAUUAUCUUUAGACUUUUACUUUAGUCAUUUUCUAUUAAAGUAUCUUUACUUUUA